AUGCCUUUAAAUCAGUCAAUGAACGUUUUCGAUCGUUCGACAAAGUUAGCUCAGCGAGAUCGAGCUGCAAAGGCAAUCAAUUUUUCGGAUUACGAUUAUCUUCGAGAGGAGGUUGCCGAUCGCAUCGCUGAUAGGAGCUUUGAUAUUAAAAGAUUCUUUCCAGUGGCUGUCGAUCUAGGAUGUGGAAGGGGCUAUAUUGGCAAGUAUCUUGACAAGGAAGUAAUAGGAACCUUAGUACAAUGUGAUCAUUCCAAGGAAUCCUUAAAGAUCGCACAAAUGCGAGCUGCAUCUUUUGAGGUUCCAGCUAUCUCAGUUAUCGCCGAUGAGGAAUUCAUUCCUUUCCCCGACCAUUCUGUAGAUCUAUUAUUUAGUAGCUUAAGUUUACAUUGGGUGAAUGAUCUACCCGGAACUUUUGCCCAGGCAAUAAAGUACAUUAUAAUUGAUAAUGAUGGUGCCUUUAUUGGAGCAAUGUUUGGCGGCGAUACUCUUUAUGAACUACGCUGUUCUUUGCAAUUGGCAGAGAUCGAACGUAAAGGAGGCUUCGCUCCUCGCGUUUCGCCUUUUGCAGACGUGAGAGAUGUAGGCAAUUUACUAACACGUGCAGGGUAUACUCUUACAACAAUUGACCUGGAUGAUAUUAUAGUCAAUUAUCCAUCAAUGUUCGAACUACUCGAUGACUUGAAAGGUAUGGGUGAAAGUAAUGCCGCCUGGUCUAGAACAAACAUCCUUCAUCGAGAUACAAUGAUGGCGGCUGCAUCCAUUUACAAAGCAAUGUACGGAAAUGAUGACGGUUCGGUACCGGCCACUUUUCGAGUCAUUUCAUGGAUUGCUUGGAAACCCGAUAAGUCUCAGACUCAGCCAGCUGAGCGAGGAUCCGCUACAAUAUCAAUGAAAGAUUUAAGUGCUUCAGAUUCGAGGAAAGGCAGUUAG